AUGGGCGUGGGUAUGUCGCAAAGCUGCUGCCAGGGGGAGUCGCAGAGGGUUGUCUGCGACCUAGAUCACUCCUCCAGUCUGUCCCUCCUUUAUCUUGACAAAGAGAUCGAGGAUGACCUCACAUCAACAAGAGGAAGCAGCGAUGCUUCGAGCAGAGCGAGUCAUGCAGGUCAGGCCGGAAAGCUCCGCGGCGUACCGGUCCUGCGAGUGCAGGCUGCAAUGCCGGUACUCGCCAAGGCAAGUAGCCUGGACAGGACUGGCAUCGAGGAGUUGCAGAACGUACUGAGAAGCCACGGGGUAGACACCACGAGCUGGGGCUCUCAUGGGACAAAAUCGAUCGAACAUCUGUUUUGGGAACUUUUUGUCCAGCAUGGAAGCAUAUUGACUGGAAUUGGGACGACGAGGCUGAAGCGGGUCACUCGACUGUUGAAGUUGCGUCUUGUCGCAGACAUCGAUGGCGUGGAUCACGUCGUCUUGUCGCGACUGCAGUUCAUGCACGAUGGACAGCAGAUCCAGCGCCAACAGCUUCCUUUACGAAGGCUCGCCUGGAAGCUGCCGACAGACAGCCCCCUGUUGCCGUCCUGCGAAGCUAAUGUAUAUAAUGAGGACUACGAGUAUGUGGAGUCCUGGCGCAGCUGCUGUAUGUCUGUUCUGGAAGAGAGGCUUGGAAUUUCCAUGACAACUGCUCAGCAGCAACUUAAGGAAGUUGCCAAUACGUAUACCUACCAGAAUGACGACAACGUCGCGAGCGAGGGCUAUCCUGGGUUGAAUACUCUGUACGGUGUGCACCAGGUCACAUUCAGAGUCGUAAAUCCAGACCACAGCAAGGUAGCGGGCAUAGGCCUACCCCUGGGGCAGGAGUUCGCUACAGCAGACGGCCACUUCAGCUUGGAGAGGUUUCAUUGCAAAGAGCCCAUCCCAAUCGGCUCUCAGCUCAAUGUCUGGUUCUGGAUGCCGUGCACUGAAUUUGACCAGGCUUGUGCCGGGCAGAGUCUGCCACGCUCAGACUGCGGUGAGUCUCCCUCCAUCAAGCGUCUUGAGGCGGAGCUGACGUUCCUGAAGCGUGUUCCGGUCGCACCGGCCAUAUCUAAGACGGCAUCCAUGAAUCCAGGCGUCGCUGGCAAAGAAGCCAACAUGACCAAGAGAGGUGCUCCAAACGCCCAUCUGCGUCGCAUCCUAGCAAACAAGAGAACCGACUGGAAGACGGUGAGGAAGAUGGCGAACAGGAUAAUGGACAAAGACUACACCCUGGCGCAGUUCACUCAGGACCUUGCAGCCUUCCCCGAGCUGUCCCUAUACCUGCGGGAUGGAGUGGGGGAGACUGGAUCGGGUCGAACGACAGACGAUGAGUAUCAGCGCACGGUGUGCGCUUUCUUCGCCAUCUACUGGCUCGUGCGCCUGGACACAGAUGGCCGCCAGGGCUUCUGCUUCGGCACAGACAGCGACUGGAACGUGCUGAAGGAAUCCGAACUCCAGGAUGGGCAGGUGGCAGUCCAAACACGGACCGUGUCCCCGGAGCUGCAACAACGCUUCUACAAGGUUGAUCGCCGCCUGGCAUUCUUCAACAAUGCCCAGUGGGGCUUCUUCCGCCGACUCAUGGUGGAUGCCGGCUUGUUGCAGGAGACGACUGCUGGAUCAAGGACAGCUUACAAAGUGCAGGAGACACGAAUGGUCUCACUGCUGGCUUUGACCGCGAUCCACGACAUCAUGAAGAUGGAGAACUUGCUGCCGACGGUACAGCAGGAGCACCACGGCUAUCAUGGCUAUGCAGCGGGUGACGUGAUCGGUGACCACGACACCGCCUUGUGCUAUAUCCUGGACCACUACACGGAGUUGCUGCCCUCCUUCAAAGAGCUUGACCCGGCGGAGCGUCAGUCGGUGCAGUUCACACAGUGCAAUCUUUGCUUCAACCACGGUUGGCUGGUGCAGGCAGAGGCCCCACCAGGAGCCAUCUUCACGAAGUUUCGCGAAGCCAUCGCCAAGGAUCGGCGGUUACACGCCGGGGCGAGAGAUGUGGCUCUUUAUUUUGUGCAUUGGCUUACCGACUUGGCCGGUGCUGAGCCAACACCGCUCGGCGGCUGCGAGAAGUUUGUGAUCAAGUUCCCUCUGCACGUGUUGAACAGUUUUCUGCAGUCUUUCAAGCUCAUCGAGGGCAUCACAUCCUCAACGGAGACGCAGGCCAAGCUGGCGGAGCAGGCAGAGCGCUAUGACGAGAUGGCCGAGCACAUGAAGAACGUGGGCAGCGACCCUGCUGAGCUUUCCGUCGAGGAGCGUAACCUGCUCUCCGUGGCGUACAAGAACACCGUUGGAUCUCGUCGUGCUGCCUGGCGUAUCAUCACCAGUGUGAUGCAGAAGGAGACCACGAAAGGCAACACCGACAAUGCUGCCUACGCCAAGGAGUACUGCAAAAAGGUUGAGGACGAACUCCAGAAGAUCUGCGACACCAUCCUCGCGCUUUUGGACGGCCAGCUGAUCGCGAAAGCCAGCUCCGGUGAAUCCAAGGUCUUCUACCAGAAGAUGAAGGCCGACUACUACCGCUACAUCGCAGAAUUCCGCGACGGUGAUGCCAAAGGCAGUGCAGCAGAGAAGGCCCGCCAGGCUUACCAGGAAGCUGAGGACAUCGCGAAGAAGGAUCUAGCCGUGACCCACCCAAUUCGCCUUGGCUUGGCGCUGAACUACUCGGUGUUCAUGUACGAGGUGCUGGGCAAUCCAGACGAUGCCUGCAAGAUGGCACGCACGGCUUUUGAGGACGCCAUCGCCGAGCUGGACAACGUUGCAGAGGACUCCUACAAGGACUCAACCCUCAUCAUGCAGCUGUUGAGGGACAACUUGACCCUGUGGACCUCGGACCAGGAGGGAGGGCAGGCCUAG